AUGCGAAAUCCAACUACACUUGGUAUUCUAAUUUUAAUUUGUGUUAUUAUUUUUCUAUUCUAUUUCAAAUUUUCAACAUAUGAUGUCGAAGUUACCUAUAGACCCGAUGCAAGUUUUUCAACUUUUCAAUUUUUAAAUUCAGCCUUUUCUGAUCAUUUUUUCAAAAAAGUAAUAUUUUUCAGAACUCCGAAAUAAUACGAGCACCCCCUCCACCUCCAAUCAUCGAAAAAAUUCAAAAUCCUAAAUUUUUUCUACCAGGAAAACGAGAGUUUUAUCCACGACGAGAAAAUAUGGGCGAUUGUCCACCGCUUUUCGGAAAAGUCACAAUUUUUGUAGCCUAUGUUGCAAGCAGUAUGGUUGGGUGAGAAAAAAAAAUGAAAAAUCGAUAAUUUGGCAAAAAAACUGGUUUUUUGAAUUUCAGCCAUUACAAAGUCGCUCAAGAAUCAUUACAAUGUUAUUUAAAAAGUGUAAAUUAUGAGGUCUUGAUGAUUGAUUUGGAUUCGGAUGAAAGGGUGAAAAAGGAGUGCUCAAAUAAUAAACAGGUUUGUAGAAUUUGAGGUUUGGUAUCACUUCUGGUUACUGUAGAACUAUGAAGGACUUAUAAACUACGAUAUCUACAAAGCUCACACGUACAAUAUUUUGAUUUUAUCAAUCAAUCAAAAGUUUUUUUCAGCUAUUUUUCAAAAAACACUGCGCUGCUUCAGCUUAUCUUCGAGACACUGAUUGGAUGCUUGUCCUCGAUGCAGAUACAGGUUUUUUCUGGAUGUAAACAAUUUCAGCGAUAUAUUUUUUUUAGGUAUUGCAAAUCCAAAUCAUUGUAUUGAAGAGUGGAUUGAUACACGAGUUGAUAUCAUUUUUUAUGAAAGAUUUUUCAAUUGGGAAAUUGCAAGUGGAAAUUAUUUGGUAUAGUUUUUCAUUGAAAAGGCUCACAAGUUGUUAGAAACCUGAUACAAACUUUUUAAAAUUUUAGGUUCGGAAUACUCAAUUCGCUUAUAAUUUUUUGAGUGAUUGGGGAAAAUGGGAAUUCCAUCAACCACAAAAUUGGAAUGGUGCAGAUAAUGGAGUGCUCCAAAUUCAUAUUUUACAAACACUCCUACCUCACGCAAAACAAGAAAUCAAAAACUGUGAUGCUAUUUGGCAUAACUCAACCAACUAUAAUUCCUAUAUGGGAUAUGUGACUUGUUGUAAAUUGGCAUUGGGGGCUAAAAGAUUAUGGCCUGGUCAAAUUCGAAUUUAUCGAAGAGCACAUGGUUGGGUGAGAGAUGGAUUUUUAACAACCGAUAGGUUUUGUGAACGUGAUUUUAUGUUGCAUGGUUGGAAAAAUAAUGAAGUUGGAUUCAAAGGAUGGGAAAGUCCUUUUAAGGUAUGUUAAUAGUAAAAUAUAUUUCAAAAUUGUGUUUCUAGUUCAUUUUUUACAGAAAAACCUAAACGUUUCACUAUGCGGAAAAAAUCUGGAUGGAUGGGAUUAUCGAGAAUACAAAAACGCAACAUGCGAAAGUAUUCGAUUAUCACUUUCCGCAUUUGAAAAAAGCAGCGGGAGAAAUUAUCCAGCAAUGGGACGAGUUUUGCCAUAUUUGAUGUUUCCAGAUAUCGGCGAUUGUUUUCCAACUUGUGAUGACGAAGAAUGA